CCCCGCCCUCCGAAGGUGAUGGCGGUGGUUGGGGUGUUGGGAUGGGCGGCGGUGGUUGUUGGUGCCGGGAAGGUGACGGGCUGGGGGGAGACACAGGCACGGCCGUUGGGCGGCCCCCGCGGGCCGGCAGCAUGAAGGUGGAGGCAGGGGACCUGUCCGCGAUCAACCUGUCGGUGCAGCAGGUGCUGAGCCUCUGGGCACAUGGCACCGUCCUGCGCAGCCUGACCGAGAUGUGGUACUGGGUUUUCCUCUGGGCUCUCUUCUCCUCUCUCUUUGUCCAUGGUGCUGUGGGAGUGUUAAUGUUUCUGAUGCUGCAGAGGCAUAGGCAGGGGAGACUAAUCUCUGUCAUUGUGGUCAGCAUUGGAUUUCUGGGUUCUGUAACAGGAGCAAUGAUAACCAGUGCUGCAGUAGCUGGAAUUUACAGAGUAGCAGGAAAGAAUAUGGCUCCCUUAGAAGCUCUCGUCUUUGGUGUUGGACAGACAGUACUGACAUUAAUUAUCUCAUUUUCAAGGAUUCUUGCAACGCUCUGAGGCUUAUGUAAAAAGAAUUUUAACUAGCCUAAAGAAAUCUCUGAUCUGAAGAGAAGCUUCCUGGAAGAGGAUUCAUCAGCUUAUGAACUUGAAUGCUAGUGCAAGAGAAAGGAAGCGAUGUGAAACAUGCAGUACAAAUCUGGAGGUUCAGUCGAAUGAACAGACUGUCCUCUAGUGUCUGAACUCUUGUACUUCUGCACUGUGCCUUAUGUGCCUCAGUCAUAGGCAAGGUGCGAUCCCUUUGUGCAAAGUUGAGAUAAAGCACCUUGAGUAGCUGCCAGUCAGGCUAAUGCUUGGUGAUAGGAUCAUUGUUCUUAUCAGUGUUUUAAUAAAACUAAAGGGACACUCCUGAAAGUUGCUGUAUGUGCCAAACUUGGAGUUUAGUUCUUAACUGUUGGUUGGGUAAGCUUUUUUGAAAUUGUAGAUAGAGAAGAACGCUGUGGAUAUACACUGCGUUUGACUUCAGGGGGAAUAGUAAGAUAACUGAUUUUUGUUCAAACAUAAUCUCUUUGAACGCUGAAUAUUCUUAUUCAGCAUUAAAAACAACAGUUAGGUCCAAUUUAAGUGGUAGACAAAUAUUGAUGGGAUUUAAGAACUACAACUUUACCAGUCCUGAUGUAAUUAGCAUGAUCUCAGAAUGAAUUGUCAGUUUACUGAAGAUCAGCACAUCAUUUUUUCAUGGUUUUGAUUCUUCAGACAACCUUAGUUUAAGGAGACUGUGUGAGAAAGAAGUGUAAUCUGUUGUGUAUGUACAUAUGAAUCUUAAACUAAUGCAUUCCUUUAAAUUAGUUUGUCUGGAACAUACAGAUGGUUACCAGUCCUUCUGAAAAGCUACUUGCUGCAAGUAAGCUCCCUUUAAUUACUGAUAGGACUAUUAACCCUACACAUACUCUUUAAAGAACAGACAAAUGUAAUACAGACUUUGAGAGUAUACCUAUGAUGAAAAUGGAAAGGGUUUAAAAAAAACAAAACACAAGUCGUCUAUUGAACAAAACUGUUAAGUUUGCUUAAUAGAACAGUUAUCUUACUUUGGAAGUUUGGAAGUGGGGCAGCACUAGUGAAUUUACUACCUUGUUUCUGAACACUUUGUAUCCUUGGAAAGGUUAAGAUACCUGGAACUUUCAAGUAGGUAGCUUUCAGUAGAGUUUGUGCAUUUCUAGUUUAAAGGGAACAGUAGUGUUGUGCAUGUGAGAUGUCUUAAGUGUGAAUAUUUGGAGUGAAUAGAAAUUUUAAUGUUAUUUACGAAGUGCAAAAUUUAAAGGGCCCAAAGUUCUCUAUUAAGAAUAAGACAUCUUUUACAUACUUAUUCAGCUGAAUGCUUUUCAGCAGUUGACUGUUAAUACUGAUAAGAAGAAUAAAUUGCCCAAAGGUUUUGCUGUUAAGAUGUCAAAAAGACUUUCAGAGUUGUUGAAAUCACUGGCAUCUGUUGUACAGCUAAAAGAAUAGGGUUAAAAUACAACUUACAAUCCAGCUUUAUUGCUUAGUGCUUCAAAGCAGUAUAAUGAAUUAACCUGCUUGCUGUUAUUUUCUUCCACAUAAACCAUUCUUUUUUUUUUAAGUGCUAAGGAUGCUAAUAUUUUUUUCUUUCAAAGUAUUUUAGUUUUUUUGAAAAUGUACAAAAUUACAGGCUAUGAAGGGAACAAUGUAAAAUGCAGGUUUAUAAACCUUCUCAGUGUUAUACUUUUAGCUUUGAAUCACUUUAAAAUGCUGUGGAAUACCUAUAUUUUCCUUACUUUGAUUUCAAAACUUUAUUUUCAUGGCUUAUUAUUUUUUUUUUUUUUUACUUUCUGCUGAUACUUUUUGGCAUAACAGUCAUAGCACUUUAAUAGACAAUUAAGUUGCAUCUGUCAAAAUGCAUUUUAAACUUCUCCCCAUUGUCUUAUGAUAUGAGAACUGGUUUCAGGUAUUUAAUUCAAAUGGAAUAAUAAAAUAAAAUGAUAUUUCUCCUAAUGUGCCUUGUAACACAUUUUUAAGGGAGAAGAUUUUAAAAAGUUGCUAUCUCUUCAUUGUUGUUCUUUUUUAGGUAUUAUGAAUCAACUUGGUUAUUUGAUAUGCCUCAUCCAACAGACAUUAAAGUGUCUGUGUUUGACAACUUAGAAAUACUUGUCUGGAUCAAAAACAACCCUCUCACAAAGCAUUGCAUUCAGUAAUUUAAAACGUCUCGUGGCUUUACCUCACCCUGAAUCAUGUUCCCAGUCUCCAAAUUACAUUGAGCAUCUUGAUUCUUAUUAUAUGGGGUUUUUAUGCUAUCACUGUUCAAAGGCUUGUUUUAUUUCACUAACUUAAACUCCUAUCAGACCAGUGCUAACUGAAGAAAUUUAUGUAACUAAUAAAAUUUUAUUGAUGAACUUCAUUCUUCAUUUUAAUUGUAGUGCCAAUGAAUUUUUUGCCAUUCUAACCUUCCUCCUUUGACAAGGAGGUAUCUUUGCAGAUGUUGAAUAACCUUCCUCCAAAUAAUUUUUAUUGUAUAGAUCAUUGUAAUCACAUUUAAAGUGGUUAAGUGCUUAUUUGUCUCUGCUUUAUAUGACAUUGUCUAGCAACAAUGAAUAGGCAGUUAAUGUAGUGCCUAGCUGGUGUAACAGACGAAGUUUUUAACUGUGUCUUGUGAGGGAUAAAUGAGGAUGACUAGUUUGUCUAUGAAAUGUUCCUUGAUCAUGGCAUGAACUUAAUGAAUAAUAAUUCCAGUAGAGAAAACAAAUACAAGUGGCCUUACAUCUCUGAAACUUGGAGGCUUCGUUCCACAUCCUUAGGAACAGCAUUGUUAAACUUGUAAAAGGUGCUCUAUUCAAAGCACAGUGUGUGUAUAUAUGCUAUUUAUAUAAAUACAUGUAUGAAUUAUGUUUUGGAGGUGUAUUCUGUACUUUACAGAAAGUAACCAUUGAAAUAACUUGCCCAAGAAAAAGAAAAUAACUUAGGAUAACCUAGGGUUUUUUCAUCAUUACUAGGCUACAGAAAUAUCUUGUGCGUGAAUGGCACGGAUGGUACUCUGCUUUGCUUUGGACAAUAAAGCAUUGUGCAGAUGUCUACCCAGAAUCUUUUAGAGCUAUCUUUAAAUAGCUCUGCAUGUUUCUGCAUUGUAUCACUAAGCACAUUCUGUGCAUUGUUAAUUAUUAAUUUAUAGUAGAGAACAAAUACAUCAACACAGCUUUAAUUCAACACAGCUUUAAUCUUUGGAGGAGGCAGGAAUACCAAAUAUACUGUUUAAUGUGAAGAUGCUUCUGUUGCUUUUAGAAGCUGCUAUUGUUAAAGAUUUAUACAUUCCACACAAUUCUGACUUACUGAUGUAAUCAAAGAUCUUGUUUUCAGAAAAUCUUCCAAAUAGUUAUUCUUUGAUUUAUGGGUAGUUACAAGUUUAUGAAAGUAAUCUAUGUACUAUGACUAAUGGUGUAAUUUGAGGUUUGCUGUUCAGUUUCUUAAAGAAACCAAUAAUUUAACCAGUUUUGAAUAAUCAAUGUGGACCAAAGACAGGACUCCUGAUUUUGUUACUUGUAGCUUUCUCUUUUUAAAGUACAAUGUUUUUUACUGUUCUGAAGGAAAUAAUACUGAAGAAGGAAUACCGAUAUUUAUUUUGGUUACAGUUUAUAUCUAUUUGAAUUGUGUUGGAGGAUAGAUAUGUAAUGCCAUUGGAGAGGAAGCUGGAGUCAAAGCUCUAAUACCUGUGAGAAUGUUUCUCAUUGUUUUCUGUUUUAUGUAUUUCACUUACUAAGGAGAUGCUAAUAAUGCCUUUCUUUCAUCUUUCAUUGUCUUACUGAGUCACAUGGUUUUGUAUAUGGCCAUUCAAAAUCAUACAUAAUUUAUUCCAUGGAAUUAGACAAUUUUCUUCUUCAGACACAACAGUAUUGCUAGGUGUAACUGAGUGUGGAUGAAUCAGUUUAGACCAAAAAGAAGCAUGAAUCUUAACAAGGUUCUAGAAGAACAAUUGUGAACGUGAUGAGAUUAUUUUUAGUUACUUUUCUCUUUAUGGAAAUAUACCUUUUCAUCGUUUGUAUAUCAGCCAUGGGGAAAAUGCAGAGACUGGUCGAUAGGAUGAAAAUUGCAACCUUAUACCAAGCAAUUUGAGAUACAAACAAAACUGAGAAUUUCAUUUUAAAUUAUAACGGAAUGCUACAUAUAUAUGAGAGAAAUAAAUGCAACUAUGAGGAAUGAAUUAUUUCUAGAGAUUAAGCACUUUCCCAUGUUCUUCUGCACCCCUUAUUACAAGUGAAAACCAUUAAACUGCUUUGACUAGUUUUUAUUUUUUACAGAAAUGGUUUGGUUAAUUUUUACUUCUCUCCUGAUUUGUGCCUGUGGUACCACAAGCAUGAGAAACAAUAUAAUAGAUUAUUUCUAGUAAUUUGGUGGCUUGAGAGUUUUACAUACGGUGCAUACUUGUGUCCAUGGAAAUUUUAAAAAGUCGCUGAGAUAAUGCAAGACUCCAGGUGAACUUUUUUGUUAUUUCUAUCCUCUUGUCAGAGGGGCUGGGGAGCAGUUUGGGAUGUUUCUCACAUAAACUUGUUAUUCAGCAUGCUAGCAAACAUGCAGAGUUCAAGGUUGUGUAUUUGCUUAGUCUUGGGUGACUAAUAGCUUUGAGGAGUAAAAGAAUGGAAGUCCUGUGGGUACUGGAAUAAAAAUAACACCUGAGCCAGUAGUCCCACUCUACCCUAGUCAGUCACUAGUUGCCUGUGCAAAACAGAAGGUAAUUGAAUUGGCAGGAGAGAGACUGGGUAAAAAAUCCACUUUUGAGCAAUUCAGGGCAUGCUGAACUUCUAUCUUAAACAGUUUUUUGAAUUCAACUUCCAAAUAAAACAUCUUUACUAUUUUUUGUGUGUGUGUUGGGGGAGAAUAAUCUUUGGAGCAGUAAGAACUACUGUACCUGGUGGUCAUAAAUAGGCAAAACACGCAAAAGAUGCUCACUUUGUCUAUGUUCGUUCUUCAGUGUUUAAUGUCUCUUAGUAUGUUAGCAGUUGAAAAGAAAUAGCAUGUUCCACCAGCUUUCACAAGAGGUCGGAGUCUGAUAUGUCUGAAAAUAACAGCUAACAUGAAACAUUCUUAGUGCUUCCAUGAAGCCAGUAUGAUACAAAUUUUCAUAUCAGCUUGCUAGCUACUACUGUGAAGCAUCUUUUAUUUGUGUGACUCAUAGCUCUGGUUGAUGAAAUUAAUGAUGAGGCACUUAAGCAGGUGAAGUAAAUCUUGGCUCAUUCUCAUAACUCCUUUCUCAUAACUGAUUGCG